AUUGUUGAAAACAUUUAGAAGGAUUUAUCAUUUUUAUUUUUUAAUUCAGGUGAAAAAUCUCUUGGGUGGAGAAUGUUGCGUAAUGCGGAACUCUGCAAAAACAGAAGCAGCCCUCCAGAGAUGUAACCUUAGGAGAGGGAGGAGUCCAAAUAAAAGCAACUUUUCACAAACUUAGAUUGAAGAUCUGAUUUAUGAUCUGUUCAACUCUGUGCUUCUUCUAUCAGGACAGGCUGGUAUUGGGGUGAAUGUGGAAUCAUUCAUGGACUCAAUCUCUCAGCCUUUAGAUUCGCUGUUAUGGAUUACGAGCAUAACCUCACCCACAUUAGAGUGGCCGGAUAUGUAGAACUCAACAAAUUCAGACACUUUUUCUUUUGCAUAAUGUUUGUGGUUUAUUCUUUGAUCUUGUGUAGUAAUUUUACAAUUGUAUACCUGAUCUGUGUUCACAAAGACCUCCAUAAGCCCAUGUAUAUCUUUAUUGCAGCACUGUUACUGAACUGCUGUGUUUUCAGCACCACUGUUUAUCCAAAACUUUUGAUAGACUUCCUGUCUGAAGAGCAAAUCAUUUCCUAUUCUGCCUGCCUCUUUCAGUUUUUCAUGUUGUACUGUGGAUCUUGUUCAGAGUUUUUACUGCUUGCAGCCAUGGCCUAUGACAGAUAUGUGUCUAUAUGUAAACCUCUGAGAUAUGCAGCCAUCAUGAAGAAAAAAAACAUUAUUGUUCUGCUUAUUUUUGCAUGCCUUAUACCUCCCCUUCACGUUUCAGUUUUAACAAUCCUUAGUUCUAAGGCUAAAAUCUGCAAAUUUGAUCUAAAUGGAAUAUUCUGUAACAACACAAUGUAUAAACUUCAUUGUUUGAGAUCAAAGUUUUUGACUAUAUUUGGUGUAGUAGCUUUAGUAAAUCUUUCGAUUCUUCCUAUGCUUUUCACAGUUUUUACAUAUACAAAGAUAUUUAUAAUUUCCUAUCAAAGUUGUAAAGAGUUCAGGAGAAAGGCUGCUGAGACCUGUUUCCCUCACCUGCUGGUUUUAUUCAGUUUCUCCUGCUUGUUUUUCUACGAUGUCAUUAUAGCUCGAGUGGAUUCAGAUAUUCCAGAAACUUUACGUUUUACUAUGACAUUGCAGAUGAUACUUUAUCAUCCUUUAUUUAAUCCUUUUAUAUAUGGGUUAAAAAUGAAAGAAAUAUCUAAAUAUUUAAAAAAGUUGCUGUGUCGAGCCAAACGCACAGAAAAUAUCUAA